GGAUAGUCUUCACCGGCCAGCUUUCCUGUCAAGGGUCUACCAAGAGUCCCCUGGCCCUGCUCUCAAGAGGAAAAGAAGGUUUAAGGAAGGGAAUGGCUCUCCUGCCACAGCCCCUCAUCCCCUGAAAAUGUAUACCUGUGCAAAGUUCGUCUCCUCCCCCUUCUUGGUCAGGAGCACCUCUCAGCUGUUGAGCCGAUCACUGUCUGCAGUGGCACUAAAACCACCAGAGACACUGACAGAUGAGAGCCUCAGCAGCUGGGCAGCCCCACGUCCCCUGACCUCACUUAUUCCUAGCCGCGGUUUCCAAACCAGCGCUGCUUCAAGGGACAUCGACACAGCAGCCAAGUUCAUUGGGGCUGGGGCUGCCACAGUUGGGGUGGCUGGUUCUGGGGCUGGAAUUGGGACUGUGUUUGGGAGCCUCAUCAUUGGUUAUGCCAGGAACCCCUCUCUGAAGCAGCAGCUCUUCUCCUACGCCAUUCUGGGCUUUGCCCUCUCGGAGGCCAUGGGGCUAUUUUGCCUGAUGGUGGCCUUUCUCAUCCUCUUCGCCAUGUGAAGGAGCCGUCUCCACCUCCCAUAGGUCUUUUUCCCGUGUCACGUCUGCCCUGUAUGUUCCUUUUCCUAUACCUCCCCAGGCAGCCUGGGGAAAGUGGUUGGCUCAGGGUUUGACAGAGGGAAGACAAAUAAAUACUGUAUUAAUAAGA